AUGGUUUGGCAAACUUUUACGCAUUCGAAAAAUACCGAUUCUGGUGAUAAUUUAACAUCAUCAAUAUCAUUAUCACCAGUAUCACCAUUACCUUCACCACCACGAACACCAAUACCAACAUUACCAUCAACACCAAGCGUAACUGCUACAAUUAAUCAUACUCAACAUAAAUCAUCAUCCAAUGAACGACCAUCAUCACCACCUCGACCACCACCACGAUUUCAUCGACCGACGCCAAAAUCAUCAUCGUCAUCAGAUUCUCAUAAUACUGAUAAUACAUCACAUGCUAACACAUCUGGUUAUGGUACUCCACAUAACGAUUUACCCUUUUCGAUGACACCAGCUGGACGAUUUUUCUCUCAUUUUUUUAAUGAGGCUAUGCAAUAUUUUAAUUAUCCAAUGCAUGAUAUUGUUUGGAGCGAAGAACCACCAACAACAAAUGCAUGUAACGGAAAUUCAAUUAAUGAGAAAAUAAUCGAUAACGAUGAGAAAUUUAGCAUCGAAAUUGAUCUAUCCGAUUUUCUUACCGGAGAAUUAUUGAUAAAUUACGAUGAAGAAGGACGUGAACUUUUGGUUGAAGGACAUCAAAAAGAACGAAAUGAUCGUUAUGGUUCUGUUGAGCGUAAUUUUAAACGAAAAUUUGAUAUACCAAUUGAUGCUCAUGAUGGAUCAUUAGCCGCUUAUUUAUUUCCAACCGGUUUGCUAACUAUUCAGGCAUUUAAAAAACACACCAAACAACCGAUAAGACGAAUACCAAUUCAGGAAGUUGUUGAUAUUCCAGAUAAAAUUGACAAAAAUACGACUAAACCAUCAACUAAUAAAAAUACGACAAACAAAGCAAAUAUCAAUUCAUCAGUAUCAUCAAAAUCGAAGACUGUUUCAGAAUCAAAAUUUCCCACAUUUGAAAAAAUGUCAAAAAUAGCUGAGAAAAUUCCAAAAAUUCCAAAAAUUAAGGAAGAUAAAAUGAAACAAUUAAAUUUUGAUGAAAAGCAAAAAUCUACCGAUGGAUUAUCAAUGAAACGAGAAUAUUUAAAUAUUUUUUGUUAA